AUGCCGAAAACUAAAACCACCUUGAGAAAACCAACAAAAUCACGAAAGAAAAGGCAACCUCAUUUAUUUGAAACUCAUGAAUUCAAAGAGCGCCUUAAACAUUCGAUAGAAAAAAAUUAUAAAGAAUUCAUUUCUGAAAAAGACGAAUUCAAAUUUAGACACACGAUUUUACAACUUUUGGCACCUUGUAAGAAAACCAGAGGAAAACGAGGCAGAAUAACUCGACCACAAAAUGCCUUUAUCUUGUACCGAAAGGACUUUCAAGAUGAAAUAAAGGAAGAAUAUCCAGAUGCAAAUUUUGAAAAAAUAUCUCAAAUUGUUGGAGAAAGAUGGGCAAAAGAAACAGAUAAAAUAAAAAAUCAAUAUACCUUAUUAGCGGAGCUUUGCGGUCGUGUUCAUAACGAACUUUUCCCCAAUUAUAAAUUUAAACCGAGGUCAAAAGAAGAAGAAACUAGCAUUAUGCUUCAAGAAUCUAAAGAAGGGAGAGGAAGAGAAUCACCAUGGUCACCAUUCUCAUCCAUUAUAGCUCCCCAAAUGCAACCCUCUUUAGAAGAGCAAAUACUUGCACUUAGCAUUGAUACACCUCAGGAAAGUAAUGAAGUAACAAACAUGCCACAAGAAACACAGUUCAUGAUUGAAUCACCAUCUUUGGAUCACAUUCUAGAAUUUAUUGACUUAUUCCAGCAGAACGAGCAAUUUACAGAAGAUAAUUUCACCUGUCAAAACUAUGAAAUGCAAUCAACGGAAACUUUUCCUUUCCAUUCCAGUGAAAAUGUUAGUAUCGAUACAGCAUUGGUUUUGCCUUUUGUUGACACAACUAUGUCACAAGAUUUUAAUGCAGAAGUCUUUCCUAUUGAAUCUAUUGAAAACAAUUUCGCCUUUGGACCGGAAAACUUUUAUUUAUAUAAUAUUUUAUUGGAAAAUUCCCAAUGA